AUGGACAGAAGCUUACUUGAAUAUAACCAAUUUGCAAAGCAUCCACUAGAGCCCAUCCAGCUCCAGUGUGAAACAUCGGACAUCAUUAACAUCUUGUUUAAAUUCGUUCUGUGUUUAUCUCCUCUUCUUGGAACACUACAAUAUAAACACUGUCGCACCAACAAUUCACUGAUAAGCUGUGCACUCAGAAUCUAUAUGGUCUAUGUGAUAUUUGGAUUGCUAUCAAUUACAUCGUUUUCACAUAUUAUCUACUUCUUCUGGUUUCUCUCCGACGCCUUCAAGUUUCUUCAUUCUAUUAUUGGAAACUCGUUUACUGGCACCCUCAAGUACAGAAUUGGAGUUGCCGUUUUCAUUAUUCAUGGCAUUCUCGAAUGCCUAUCUAUCUUUCUAGCUUGUUCGGUGCUCUAUUUUCCUCUUAAACACCUUCUGAUUAUGUUCUUUGUAUUCCAUAUCAUAUCUCUCAAAAUUCUUCUGAAUUACAAGUUUAACCAGCUAUGCUGGUUCAGAAAAAGUAGUCUAAAAAAACACCAGUAA